CAUCGCUCACCGUAGAUAACCCGGAAAUACGGUAUAUGACCCCAACCCAUGCCCCAACCGCUGCUUCGUCUUCUUUAUAUUAUCUGAUUUUGGGCUUUUUCUCCGUCUUGUCGUUGGAAAGUGAACUACUUCUAUCAUAGUUAGAAAACAAGUAAUAAUUUAGCCGCCAUGUUCCUCACCCUCAUGCUGCUGCGGAAAGGCAUCCCCGGGAAGCAGUGGAUCGGAAAGUAUCGUCGCCCACGACCUGUUACAUGGCAGAUGAUGCGCAAUACGGUGAAGCAUCUGGAGCGCGAGGCUGAGAACGAAUACUGGAUCAGCCGGCCGUACUUGACUCCGCAGCAGGAGUACUGCCACGCCGCAGAGCGAAGAGCCGAGAAUUGGCGCAACAUCAAAGAGGCCAAAUUCGCCAAUUUUCCACAACACAAGCACAUCACGGAUCACCUGAGUCAUCUCAAAAUCACCAAGACUUGGUCAAGUUAAUGUGAGCGGAGAAAUGACACUGUCUUCGUAAUGUGACACAUUUCAUGUUUGUUUGCGUUUGUUGCUGAAAAACUAUCGUGAAAAGUUGUUAACCAAGUCCACAACAGACUGUUUUAACUCCAUGAAACACAUCUGUAAUGUUUUUGUUUGUGGUUCUGCAUCACGUUCUGAAUCUACCCUGCAACAGGACUGUAAUAGCUCCACAUUCAGUGCUGCUCAUUGGAUAAAAAGUGCUUACACCUGA